AGUGACGCUCAGCUCCGCCCCUCUCGGUCGCGGCGGUCGCAGCGCUCGGGCCGCGGCGAUGGCGGAGAACGACGUGGACAACGAGCUGCUGGACUACGAGGACGAUGAGGUGGAGAACGCGGCCGGGGCCGACGGCGCCGAGGCCGCGCCCAAGAAGGACGUGAAGGGCUCGUACGUGUCCAUCCACAGCUCCGGCUUCCGCGACUUCCUGCUCAAACCCGAGCUGCUGCGAGCCAUCGUGGACUGCGGCUUCGAGCACCCCUCUGAAGUGCAGCACGAGUGCAUCCCCCAGGCCAUCCUGGGCAUGGACGUGCUGUGCCAGGCCAAGUCCGGCAUGGGCAAGACGGCCGUGUUCGUGCUGGCCACCCUGCAGCAGCUGGAGCCCGUCACCGGCCAGGUGUCCGUGCUGGUGAUGUGCCACACCCGUGAACUCGCCUUCCAGAUCAGCAAGGAGUACGAGCGCUUCUCCAAGUACAUGCCCAGCGUCAAGGUGGCAGUGUUCUUCGGGGGCCUGUCCAUCAAGAAGGACGAGGAGGUGCUGAAGAAGAACUGCCCCCACAUCGUGGUGGGGACGCCGGGCAGGAUCCUGGCGCUGGCCCGGAACAAGAGCCUGAACCUGAAACACAUCAAGCACUUCAUCCUGGACGAGUGCGACAAGAUGCUGGAGCAGCUGGACAUGCGGCGGGACGUGCAGGAGAUUUUCCGGAUGACGCCGCACGAGAAGCAGGUGAUGAUGUUCAGCGCCACCCUCAGCAAGGAGAUCCGGCCCGUCUGCCGCAAGUUCAUGCAGGAUCCCAUGGAGAUUUUCGUGGACGACGAGACGAAGCUGACGCUCCACGGGCUGCAGCAAUAUUAUGUCAAACUCAAGGACAACGAGAAGAACAGGAAACUCUUCGACCUGCUUGAUGUGCUGGAGUUCAACCAGGUUGUGAUUUUCGUGAAGUCGGUUCAGCGCUGCAUCGCCCUGGCCCAGCUGCUGGUGGAGCAAAACUUCCCGGCCAUCGCCAUCCACCGGGGCAUGCCGCAGGAGGAGAGGCUGUCCCGGUACCAGCAGUUCAAGGACUUCCAGCGCCGCAUCCUGGUGGCCACGAACCUGUUUGGGCGGGGGAUGGACAUCGAGAGGGUGAACAUCGCCUUCAACUACGACAUGCCCGAGGACUCGGACACCUACCUGCACAGGGUGGCCCGGGCCGGGCGCUUCGGCACCAAGGGCUUGGCCAUCACCUUCGUGUCGGACGAGAACGACGCCAAAAUCCUCAACGACGUGCAGGACCGGUUCGAGGUGAACAUCAGCGAGCUGCCCGACGAGAUCGACAUCUCCUCCUACAUUGAACAGACCCGAUAAGGACCCCCCGGCCCCGCCGCCGCCGGGACCCCCCCGGGACCCCCCGAACCCCCCCCAAGUUCCCCCCAAAACCCGGCCCGGCCGCGGGGGGGUUGGGCCGCCCCCCCCCCCCUCCCCCCUCCCCGGGGGUUUUGUAGAAAAAGGCCUGAAAAAAAAAACAAAAAAAAAAAAAAGAAAAGAGACAAAAAAAAAAAAGUGACGUUUCCCCUGUGUAGCAGCUGGGGGAGGGGCCUGGGGACCCCCCGAACCCCCCCCGGGACCCCCAAACCCCCCGGGGCCCCCCCGACCCCCCCGGCUGUAAAAUUUCUGGUUUUUUUUGGUAAUAAAGUUUUGCCGAAACGGC